GGCCCCAGGACAGGAGCCGGCCCCUGCGGAUGCCUGGGGCUGGGAGAUGGGAGGUGGAGUGGAGAUAAGCAGUCUAGGCCUGGUCCCCACUGGCCGUAGGGAGGCUGGCUGGUGGUGGGUGAGGGGUGUGGGUAGAGGGAUGACGGGGGGUGAGGGAGGGUUUUCUGCUCUUUUGGUCUUGCGCUCUGGGUCAGGAGGUUCAGGUUCAAGGCCAUGAGUCCGUCUGGUCUGAAGUGCUGGGUCACGUGUGGGCCUGUGAGGACAGAGACCACCCUGGUCCUGGCUCUGCACUGCAGCUGCUAAUGAGGACCUGGGCCUGGGGGUCAGACAUCUGCAGCCAUCUUCCUGGAGUCGACCCUGGGAAGGCUGUGGCAGAAGGGCCGUGGUUGGGUGGUCCUUCCUAAGGGCGCCCAGGAAGGGUCUCUCCCCCAUAGGUGGGCUGGCUACCAGGUGCCACCCCAACCUGCGCGGGAUCUGAACUUAAGGUCACCCGUGAAUUUGCACGGACACCAAAUAAAACACAGACGCACACUUGUACUUUGAACAGGCUUCAGGACGGCUUCUGCACUCUCGGCCUCAGGCUCCCCAGAGGGAGAGCGAGGGAAAGUCACUAGAGCCUGGUGGGAGCAAGUGUGUUCGCAGGGGGGCUGUUAUUGGGGGGACUCUUGUUCUUUAGAAAGCCCUAUCCACAAAAGGCCAGAAGGGCAGGGUUACCGGGGACAGGUGGCUGUAACUCAGCCCUGGAGGCACCUCCCACAAGGAAGACCCCUUACUAUCCGAGCGAAUGCAGUGGUCGGUCAGAAUCUGAGGCAUCAGGACUGGAAGGUGUGGUCAUUCAUGUGGCUUCCCACAACCGGGUGGUGGACACAGGCCCCGGAUCGCUGGCUUCACUCUCUCCUGCCUUGCCUCCCUGCCCCCUCCUGCUGGCCCUCUGUGCUCCCCCAGAGCAGGGCUCCCCUGCAUAGCCAGGUCCUGAGCCCCACAACCUGGCCUCCUGUGUCCCAGGUGCUGAGGAGAACGGCCUGGAUGGACCCUGCAGCCCUUCCCCUGUCCCUGGGAGGGUCAGGGCACAACUGAAGCCCCCUUAAUUCCCUUGACACCCAGGCUUUAGGACUAAGAACAUGGUGGCUUCCUGGGCUCCGGCACCAGGCUGAAACCCAACCCGGGUGCUGAGGUGGCUCCGUGACAGAGACUUGCCCUGCGUGUGCCAGGCCCUGGCUCCGUCCCCACAGGAAGAAAGCACACCCAGCAAGGAUGGAGGCUCUGGGCGUCCGGCUGGGCAGGGGCGCCCGGCCUGCUCUCUGCGCCCUGUGCCUGCCCCUCUCAGGCUCCACUGUUUCUCCACGGCUGUUGGAGAUCAGCUUCUCGACUCCAGCUUUGGAGACAGAACAUUCAGUGGGCCUGGAGUUGAGGGGUCAACAACACCAAGUGAGGGUUCUGGGGGCGUGUGGCCCCGCGGGUCCUCGUUCGGGGAAAGAAGCAAGAGCCCCUCACAUGUGUGAGGAUGGCGGGUUUCCUUAAGUGAAUUAGUAGACGUCCACUGUGUCCACGAGUCCGUGAGGGGGCGAGAGCAGCGUCCAGCACGGGGUCAGUUCCUGGCUCUGGCUCCAGAUCCCAUUGCUGACCUCCCUUACCCAGCACCUGGCCCCUUCGCAGUGGAGAGAUUGGGAGGAAGAGCUCACCUUCCUGCCUUGGGCUCCUGCCUGCUCGUGGUCCAGCAGGGAUGGCCGGCACAAGGCAGCGUCGAGGGCAGGCCUCCAGCCCCUGGCUCGGCUGGCACCCAGGACGGCUGCCCCGAAGCUCGUCCACGCUGGACCAGCCUCAUUGUUCUGGGCAGUGAGAUAGGUCAUCAAGACACCAAAGACCCCACGGAGACGGAGACGGGGUGUGGAAUGCCCAUGAGGACGUCCAGAGGUCCUGGUUCUCAUGCUACCUCCAGCGCUUCCCCAGAAAGCACACCUCUGUCCCUCUGGGGCCCUGUCCAGUGGUGACCAGCUCCCGAGGAGCCUGGUCUGUGUGCAGGGAGUCACUCUGUGACAGCACACGUCCUUCGGGACAAGUCACAUCUGGACCUUGCAGCCCAAACCCAUGCUCCCGUCCUUGAACCCGCUAGUGCUCGGGCAUGGAGAGGGACAUGGGUUCCUCCUUUCCUUCAGGAUGGCACGUUCUACUCACGGUGCCUGCAAGGCCCCACAAUCUUACCAUGCCAUCUUUUGUAAUGUCCCCUGGUGGCACAUCAGGGGACACUUUGUAACCAGAGCCUACAACCACAGUGCAAAGGACAUGGAGCUACUGUGGCCUGCUGGAGAGCAGCUGGACACAGUGCUCCUCCGUCCACAUCUCCAUGUCCACACAGCAGGAGCAACUGAAGCUGAGGCAAUAGGGCCAACUUUGUCUGUAGCGAUAUGUGGGCGUGUAGCUUAUUCAGGGCCAAAGACACGUUGUCAUAAUCACUGUAACACACAGCCUUCUGGGUUUGUGCCGCAGUCUGGCUACAGCCAAAUAACCAGGGGGUGUGACAAGCAACUUGUGAGGAUUAAUACAGCAGGAGCAGCUUUAUUGCUGGACGGCAGAGGUAUAUAUACUUAACUAUCUUAAUUAUCUUAAUUAACAUAAACUAGGUACAGCAGUCAACCAAUAAGGAAUCCUCAUCAUCUUAAUGAUUACACACAGCUUAACUUAAUUGACAUAAUCUAGGCACAGCAGUCAGUCAUUAAGGAAUCUCUAUCAUCUUAAUGGCUUGCUGGCGUUACUUCACAAACCACUCCCUCUGGCAAAGUGCCAGGCGCCAUCUUGACUUGUUUACAGACCCUAACAUUUCCCCCUUUUGUUUAAUUUAAAGAACAAGUAUGUGGCUUAGGGACCGUGCCUGGUUUAGGUUGUCCAAUACUUCAUAUGGUCCUUACCCGUCAUUGUAUGGUCUGACCUCAAAUCGUCAGCCUCCUGUCUUAGGUUGGUACCAUUGUAAUUGGAUCUUACCCGUCUUUGACUACCGGCCCAACACGCUCAGCCACACUUGUGGAUAACGGCCAUAGUGGUUUUUACACAAACACCAUAAAUAACCUGCUACAAGCAGUGGGCCUGGUUUCAGCCUGGUGCCAGAGCCCAGGAAGCCCGAGGGACUCAAGGGGGACCGACAUACAUGGGCCUUCCAUCCUGGAGAGUCUCAGUCUCCAGGACCUUCACCAGUGGGCCUGGAGGUACUGGGAGGCACCAUGGGGCACCCAGGACCCCUGGCUCCAUGCACGGCCACCUCGCGCACUGUGGCAGGACCCACCUUGGCCGUUGGCACGAGUCUCUCCAGUCAGUGUAGAGGCACUUUUUGAUGCUGAUAGGUUUGGUGGCAUGGAGGCCCCAGACCACCAGGCAGAGCUGAAAGCUGGACAGGAAGCAAAGCCCUGUGGGCAGCUGCAUGCCUGCAGAGAGCCACCCCGGCUGGCUCUGGGUCCUGGACUCUGGCCGUGGUGGACAGCACCCUGCUCACACCCACAUUUUCAGAUCAGAGCCUGUCCACCCACUGUCCCUGUGUUCAGGAAGCCACCCUGCCACCUUCGGCUGCUUGGGUGGGGUCGGGGCCCCACCGCAGGGCCCUGGUGGACCUGGCUGUGCAGAGUCGGGAGACCCGUGCGAGGCUGUGCACAGAGCUGGGCGGCGGGCAAGGACCCUGUGAGCACGGGCGGUGGUCCUGGGUCCCUCUGCCUGCCUGCUGGCCCCAUGUGGACCUUCACUCUUGCUGGUGGCACUACAGAGAGGACAGAGGCCUUCAGAGAGGUGGGAGAGGCCAGACUUGUGACAGGGUGCCAGGGGAAGACCUGGCCCCUCCCGGCCCCCCUUAGAUCUGCAGGGUCAGGGGCUUCCAGGGCUUGUCCAGGAACUUUGGCCCAGAGAUGUGGACAGGCCUGGGGCCUGGAAACACUAUUCCUCAGGUGGGCAGCUCUGGCUGGCCCCUGCUGCUGGACCCUGGGUGGUGCCUGCCCAGCCCUCCGGGGGGCCAGCGCCCCCGCCCUCAGGCCCUGGAGUCUUUACCUUGGCUUGAGAGCAUGGCUCUCCAGGCACCAUCUGGGCCUGCUGGCCCUGGACCGGCUCCUGCAGCCUCCGGAGCUGAGCCUGCAGUUUGCUGGAGGAGGAAGUGGGCAGCUGGGUCAGGAGGUUUGGGCCUGGUGGGGGCCAGCACGGUCAGCCCGCGGUCAGCCCUGUGGCGGUGGAGCUGAACUGGAGUUCCUGCUCUGGUCUCCGACUCUUGACACCCUCCCUCCUGGGUCCUGAGGCCCACACAGCUGCCCCCUCUUCCCUGGGGAGACCCCAUCUUUUCCCACCCUAGGGUGGCCCAGGGGUCCACAGGGUCAGGAUUGCUUGUCCACUGGCAGCCCUGCUCCUGAUGCAGGCGUGACAUGGGGGUGUCCUGUCCCUCCUUGCCCUUGGGGAAAGGUGGGAUACAUAGCCUCCCUCUUUUCAGGGCUCUGUGUUGGAGACCCCUCACUGGGAAGGGGUGACUUUGGGGGAUCUUUGGAAAGGGCAGCCCAGGCCCAGUGCUCUUAGAGAGGGGCAGAGGCUGGUGCAGGUUGGCACCUCUGGGGACAGGGCUGACGUCCUCACCUGAGCUUAGACUGGGAAGGAGACCCUCAGCCUGGACCCCUGCAGACCCCCUGAGCAGGCAGGGCCUUCCUGAUUUGUCAGGACCCACCACAUGACUAGGCCCCGCCUACACAAGGCUUGGAGGACGGGGAGGGCCCCAGUGGUCAGCACGUUGGGGUGUCCAGAUCCUGCCCUGGGGCAGCUCAGGAGUGAGGAAGGGGGUGCCUGGUGAGCGAAACCCAGAGCCAGAGGCAGACCAGGGCAUUCCUGGACACCAAACCAAAGUCCAAGCCGGGGCUUGGGGACCCUUCCAGCCUACUGCCACAGGCAGGGGCCUCAGGCCUCCCACAGCUGCAGAUGCUGAGGUCCCUCACCACAAUGCACAGUGGCCGGAGCCACCUGUGGCCAAGGGCAGGUCUCAGCAACACCAGAUAAGGGGUGGGGCAGGCACCCUGGGACCCCCUUGGUGUCCUCUUGGCAUAUGAGCUGGGAGUGGGCCUCACUGGAGCUCACAGGGUCUGUGGGCUCGGCCACCUUGAGGGGAAGCUGUGGUCCCCAAGCCAUCUGGAGGAGGCUGGCAGGUGCGGGCACAGGCAAGCAGAGGCACACACUGCAGGCUGCCUCUGCCCAGCUGCUGUCCCCCCUAGGGACGGGUGGCUGUGCCAGCCAGGAUGCAGUGGAAAGCUGCUUGUUUCCAGGAUGCAGUCUGCGUCUUGGCUCUGUGUGGACCAACAGGGGUCGGGGUUUCUCCAUCGGGCCUCCUGUGAUUGGCGCGUCCCCAGCCACAUCCCCAUGAGGGCUCUGCCCUGGGCUGGGGCUCAGGGUGCUAGGAAUCAUCAGGCUGGGAUCUAGGGAGGGUUGGAGAGUUUGCCAGGAGACGUUGAGGGAUCCCCUGGUCCUGUGAGGGCACUGCACAGUGACAGGAGGGGCAGUGUGGGGAAGGCCCGGGUGGCAGCAGAAAUCCCCUGAGGGGCCAGGAGGCCUGGCUCUGGGCUCAGGGCAAGCCGGGCCGCUUCUGUGGGGUCUGUGUGUUGUGGGGCCAGAGAAGCCCUGCUAGACAGUGGCACUGCCCCUGUGGGGUGGCCCUGAGGCCUUGGGACCUGAGAGCCCCCCACCCCGCCAGCCAGGCCAGGAGGCCUCAGACUGCCUAGGGUGCCCCCACACCCUCUCCGCCUCCGUUCCUGGGGCCUCCGAGCCUCCCUUCCCAGAAGGCCUUCAGGCCCUGGGGUCCACUGUGAGAGCAGCCCCACCACUCUGUCCCAGGUCUAAGCUGGAUGCUGAGUCCUGUGGCCCAGUCCUGUCCUGGCUGUCCGCAUGCCUGUGACCACCGCCUUUCCCUCGGGGGCCACGGGGCCUGGGCUGAGCUGCGGCCUGGCAGCAGUGGACCAGGGACCCCACAGGUCCCCCAGGUGCUCCUGCUCCCCUAUGGUGGCCACAGGAGAAGAGCCCACCUGGGGAGUUCGGGGAGCAGCUUGGCAGUGCCUAAGCUCAACCCCACCCAUGGCCACCACAGCCCUCCAUGUCCCCAGGAGGACCGGAGCACAUACCCAGAGAUGUAUGCCUGGAUUUUCCAGCAGCUUUAUUAGUGACAGCCCCAACCUGGAAGCCACCCCAUGUCCAUCAACAGGAGAAGGACCAACGGCGGAGCAUCCUCGCACCUGGACACAGCAACAGGAAGCUGAGUGACCAUCCUUUUCGAUGCCAGGUGACCCGAGGAUCCAUGGCUGCUAGGUGCAGGAAGUCGUCCAGUGUCUGAGGUGUGACACCACUCAGGAAACCCGGAAGUGCCAGCUACCUACAGGACCAAGCAGAGCCUCAGUGGGGACAGCCAGAGGCCGGUGGGGAGGGGUGGGAGGGGUCUCGGGGUGCAGACGAGAUCCUGAUUCCAGGGGUGGGUUUGUGGGUUUCCACACACCUCAAAUUGCCAAGGAAACAAAGAACAGAGAAAAACCCCCAGAGGGAGCCAUGUCAAAGGACACGGGGGUCAAAUGACCCAAUCCCAACAGCCAGAGUGAGGAGGAUCCUAUCAACAGACUCAGCAGGGAAGCCUUAGGUUUAUACUGCAGAGUACAGAACACACGGCCCCGAGGCCACGCCGAGGCCCACCGAUAGUUGAGAAAGGAAAUAAAAGAGGGACAGAUCUCUCUGCAGAAAACCUGCGAGUGACCCAGGAGGAGGGGUCCCAGGUCCUGCUCUGGCCAUGGGCUGCCCCCAGUGACGCUCCUGCAGGAGGCAGCGUGAGAGAGGGAUGGAAAGUAACUUCGGGAGGAGAGCCUGGGCACAGACUCGGUCAGGUGGCCAGGGUCACAUCAGCAGAGGAUAGGCUGUGUGGACGGUGACCCCCAUGCACCGUGGUGACCAGGCCAUGUCCUCACCUCCAGAAUCUUCCUGUCACCAACCUGAAUCAUAAGAUAGAGUGGACAAGACGCCUGGCCAGGGCUCCUUGCAACCGCGGUGGUCGUGAAGCCCAGGAGCCAGCGCCCAGAGCAGUGCUAGGAGGCCACCAGGGUCCUGGGUGGG